UGGUGUUUAUAUAACCACAACACAAUCCCCCAUUUUUGUUUUCGUCCGAGUUUUUGGUUGACGAAGUUAAGCUGGUUCGCUCAGCUGUUCGUUGUGUUUUAUGUAUCGGAGCCUGUCGACUGAAGCUGAAGUCAUGUUUCUGAAGGUGGUCGUCCCUCUCGUGGCCCUCUGCCUGGCCGUGGAGAGCGGAAUGCCGGGAGCGCCGGUGGAUGUGGACUUGGCAGACCCGGGCGUUCAGGAUGCCCUGCAGUUCGCGGUGGCGCAGCACAACAGAGCCAGCAACGACAUGUUUGUCAGUAAAGUUUCCAGGGUGAUCAGUGUUCAGAAACAGGUUGUUUCUGGAAUGAAGUACAUCUUCACCGUUGAGAUGGCCAGGACUUCCUGCAGGAAGGAUGGUGUUGAGGAAGACUGUCCAGUCCACUCAGACCCAGCUCUUGCAAGUUCCCAUGAGUGCAAGCUUGCCGUCUGGAGUCAGCCUUGGACGAAAACCAUCAAGGUUGUUGAGAAUACCUGCAAGUAGAGCUCUGAUACCUUGCAGCACAUUUUCUCCCCUCUCCAGUGGAAUCAAUAAAACCUUAACUUUAGGACGUUUUUACCUAAUUUGAAUGUGCUGAAUGCAUCCAAUAUCUUCAGCUUGGUUGUAAUUGGUUAAAAAUGCUUUGACUAACUCUUUCUCCUGUAAUCACCCUAAAACAGGUUUUCACUUUUUGUAUAAUUAAAAAUGAAUGUACUGAAAAUAUUAAGAUUUGACAGUUAGAUUUACUAUUAAAAGAUUGCUAUAAAAAUAUGUGUGGUACAUUUAUCAUAUUAAAAGCCAAGAUUGGGGUUAAUGCUUUAAGGAUCUUUUGCAGCAUACAGAAAUUUAAACAUAAAAAUGAUAUAUAAAAUAAUGAGGUACUUAUUGCACCAGAGCAUGUUUAUUAAGAGUUCUUGUAAUAUAGCACAUCUGCUCCUUCUCUGAUAAUCGGAUAACGUUAAAAACUCUAGAAUCACUGGAUCAGGUAUGUCUGGAAAUUCAUGAAAGAGCCUAUAUGUGAACAUCUAUUUUCAUACAGUAUUUAUAUGCUCCUUUAUUGGCAACAAUUUACAGAAACUUGGUCAAAGAAGGUAAAGGAAAUGAAUCAAAAUGAACCAAGCCUGGCUUGGUAACUGUCUUAACAUUGCUAUGAAAAAAAUGGUGUAAUACUAUGAGAGAAUUUAUUUUGUACCACGAUGGUACUGUAUAUUUUGCAUGAAAGUUAUUGUGGUCCAAAUAUGUAACAGAAAACAAAGUUAAAAUUUGGUUAUGGAAUCUUUUUUUAUUCAUAACUAUUCUUCUGCAAAGACUUUCAAGCUACUCAUGAUAAGCCAUCAGCAUCUCUCUGCAAGUUCAAUACAACUUUCUGACUAUAAUGAAAUUUUUUUCAAUAUAAUUUCAGUACAGCUUCAAAAUGUGUUGUUCUUAAAGUCACUACAGGCAAGGGGAUGUAAGCACAAGUCUAUUUACCUAGGAUGAUUUCUCAACUCACAGUUCUUAGUGAUAGUCAUAGUAAAUAGUGUAAAUCAGUGUUCCUCAAUCUGAGGCGUUGAGACUCUUGAGACUGAGACUCGCAAAAACCCAGUGUUGAAUAAACACAUACUAAACCGUUUGUCUAAGUCAAUGUGGACACAAAUGAAAAGCUCAUUCAACAUAGUUUUGCCUUUGUAUGCUGUAAAUUCUACACACGUAAAUGUAAAGUACAUUGAAUACACACAUACUCACACUUUUUCUAAGCCACUUAUCCUCCUGGGCCGCAGGUACUUUUGACUUAAAGGUUGAAUUAGUUCAUUUUAUGCACUGAAACGCAACUAAUCUCUUUGAAAGAAUAACAAAGAUGUGUUGACGACUGAUUAACAGCUUCGUAAAUAACUAUUGUAAGAAAAAGGACAGAUGCUUUCAUGAGUAAACCCCCUAACCCCCCAACUAACCCCCAACAGUAUUCAUCUUGCACUUGGCUUAGAAGAUAAACACUGGCAGAAGUUUAGGGCUGCUAUUCAAGUGCCAGCUUAACAAUAUGUUGAAGUUGUUCUGGUAGUAACUACACUGUUGUUACAGAAGUGGUCACAUUAUUGAAAGUGAAACCUUUUGUUUUCCUUCAUAAAACAAUGAGCAAUAAAAUCAAUAGAAAAGCA